GCUGAAAAGUCCUCGCCGGGUGCAGCUCAUCGUGCGCUUGCAUAGCCCAUGCGUAUAAGAGCCGGCUCUGCGACGGGAUGAGGACGAGGAGGAGAAGAGAACGAGAACAGCAGCGGACGGACACGUGCGAUGAGUAGCACCAGAACUUUCUCGCCGGCGGUGGUGGCGGCAGCGCAGCAGCAUGUCCGCGCGCCGCGCGGUGGGCUGCCGCGGCCGAGGCGACCCACCAGGCAGGCGGCCGGCUCGCCGGGCCAACGGUCCGCGGGUGGCGGCGGCGACGCCGCGUGGGGGCAAGCGGGGCGCAGCUGGUGGGGCGCUGGAGGUGGAUUGCCAGCGGCCGCGUCGUCGAGGCGGCAGCCGUGCAGGGCUGGCGCUGGCCGGGCGCCGGCGGGGAACCGGGAGCUGGUGCGGCGGGCGCUUUCGCCGCCGGCCACGGGCGCGCGCGGCGCGGCGCUGAGGAGGUGGAGCUUCCGGCCCAUGCCGAGCCGGCUGCGCAACGGGUCGUGCUUGACCUCGACGGCGGCCCCUGCAUCCCCACGGCCAUCGUGACUUUUGCUUAGCGUGAGGUCGUCGCAGGCUUACAGCUGGGCUCUGUAACGGGCUUGGUGUAGGCUAGGCACUGUACAUUCCCGUGUCUGUUGCGUUUUCUGGUGUUGAGGUUUUAUUAAUUUUUAUAAAUCCGGUGUCUUUUUUUCUCUACGCACGAGUGUGCAUAUCAUAUUUUAUAGAAAGAUAGGGGCAUAGAACCCAGUCCACCGUUGAUGUUA